AUGCGGUCUUUCAACACGACUCCUGUCGUGUGUUCAUGUUAUAAUAGUCUAAGUAUUGUCUUUCUUUGGAGCCGUCAAACGGCAGUCAUAUCAUGUUACCUGACGCUACCUGUCGGGCCCUCCAUCGUCUUUCCCGUUUUCCAGGGCUUAUUAAAAGAUAUUACAUUACCCGUAGGGCGCAAGAGGCGACAAAGUCACGUCUUUGUCAACGUGAAAACUAUGUUUGUUUUACUUUCUUCUAUUUACUUGUGCCGGCAGACAUUUUUUUUCAUCACUCCCACCAAUGGCCAUUACAAAAUACGUAAGAAGAGGAGGCCGCUAUCCAUUACACAAUUUUGUCGCUCUCCUUUUGACGAUCUAUCUAUCUAUCUAUCUAUCUAUCUAUCUAUCUAUCUAUCUAUCUAUCUAUCUAUCUAUCUCAUUCUGCUCAAAUCUAUCUAUCUCAAUUUGUUGGUAUCUAUCUACCUAUCUAUCUCAGUUUGUCGAUAUCUGUUUCUCAAUCUGUCUGUCUAUCUGUCUCAGUCUCUUAAUAUCUAUCUAUCUAUCUAUCUAUCUAUCUAUCUAUCUAUCUAUCUAUCUAUCUCUCUCUCUCUCUCUCUAUAUAUAUAUAUAUAUAUAUAUAUAUAUAUCUGA